UGGAUUUACAAUUCACAGUGACGUUACUGCAAGGGCGGUGCCUAGGUCAUGGGGCGUGGUCUUGUCUGUGACGGCACUGGGAAAGGCGGGGCUUAUCAUUGACGUUGAGGAUAGGGCGUGGUCUGAUGGGUGACGCCAGGAGAAAGGGCGGGUCUUGGUCUUUGGGGUGGUGACGCGUCCUGCGUGGUUAUUGAAGGCGGGGGUUUUGAACGAUGGAGUUUUACGCGGUGCGCUCACUGGUGGAGCCGCCUGGCAGGUUGCUGAGGGAACCCGGCGGCUCCGUCUUUCGCUGCCGCCUGGAGCUCCCUCUGCCCAAGUACUUGGUUGUUUUUGGCCUUGGGAACUGGGACACGUACACCGAGGAUACUUCCUUCUCAGUCGAGGUGUCAGUGGGUCCUGAACUCAAACCCCGGAGGAUUGGAGUGCUUUCAUCAGCUGUCAGGUGCCUAGUGUGGCAGGGUGACUGGCCGAGUGAGCUAACAGACGUGGCCCGUGCGCAGGGGGAGCGAUCGGGAUGGCCUGCACUGUGUGUGGUCCUCGGUGCACAGAUGUCGAGGACCCACUUCUUGAGCAGCACUCCAGUGUGCCGUGCCCAGUCUCACCAGGUUCUGGAUACCGUCCCGGCUGACCUGAUGGGUGAUGUCUCUUUGCUUUCCCCAGGCUUCCUUCCUAUCGCUGGUGUGGCCACUGCCAGGCAGGGCAAGAGCCUGGAUCGGGAGGUACCAAAGACCAAUGGGAAGGCUUGGUGCCCUGCAGGGCCUUUCUGCACUCCAACGAGGGCUGUGGGUUCUUCUAACAGCAGCAUACGCCAUCAGGAGGAGGAGGAGGAAGAAGAGGAGACAGGGUGUGAAUCAGAUGUGAAGAGGCUACAGACUUGCCCCAGCCCUCGCUGGGAUCACGCCUUGUGCCUCAGUGACCCAAACACAGCCAUUCUCAUUGGUGGAGAGGGACCUCAGAAUCGCUGCAGUAAGGAUGGCCUGUGGAGACUAGAGAUUGAUAAUGGUGACAUCUUCUGGUUUCCCCUGGAAACAACCUCAACACUAACCAUCCCCGUCCCACAAAGUGUGUGUGGGCACUCAGCCACCUAUGACCCUGAUGCCAACCGUAUUUACAUAUUUGGAGGGAAGAAUGAUGCUAAAUGUUUCAACAAUGUCUACAUCCUGGACACCUUGACCUGGAAAUGGUCCUUCAUGGUUGGAAAGGGGAAGGUGCCAUCCCUGGCCUAUCACAGUGCCGUUGUCUUCCAGCGGGAGCUCUUCAUCUUUGGUGGCCUCCUCUUCCGGUCCCCCCAGGGGGGACAGGUCUACAGCAACACCCUCUACAUCUUCAAUCCUGAGCAUGAGAUCUGGUACCAGCCCAUCGUGGUGGGGGAGAGGCCACUUCCUCGCUGUGGUCACUCUGCCACGCUCCUGAGAGAUAAACUGAUCAUUUUCGGUGGAAACCGGAGCUGCGUGUUCCUGAACGACCUGCACGUACUGGAUCUGGGUUUCAUGGAGUAUGUGAACGUACAAAUCCCAGGUCCUCCUCCUCCACGAUGUCGCCACGCUGCUGUGCCUGUGAAUGAGAACAAGAUUCUGAUAAGCGGUGGAUACAAUCUGACUGGGGCCCUGCACGACGCGUUUAUCUUCAACCUAGACACCUACAACUGGAGCAGUCUGAAUCACCAUCCUCUGUCCUCUGUGCCAAGAGCAGGUCAUAGCCUAGUGUACCUGAGCUCAAGCCAGGGCAGCACAGGGACCUGCCUCAAACUCCUGGUCUUUGGAGGUUCCGACAGCGCUGGACAGUUCUACAAUGACACCCUUCAGGUCACUGUGGAGCUGGGUGAGGACCGCUCAGAAAAGCCCCAUACAUGAGAUUAUCCACGUGUGCCAGGUGAAGGUGGCCUGACCAGUAAAUAAUUAAACUGUAUCGCUGGGACCUUGUCUCCUUGUGUUAAUGACAGAGGUAAACAAUCUGAAUAACUAAUCAGGACUGUGUGGUCACAGCCUUUUACCCUCUGGGUUCUGGCGUAUUCUCUGGGGUGUAGGAGAAUGAAGGGAGAUGUGAUAAAUGUAUAUGGUUAAUUAGCCAUUGUAAACUGUCCUGUGAUUAGACUAGGGUCAAAUCAGUUGCUGGGCUGGAAGAGCCUAUUCUGCACUGCAUUUCAGUAAAAAGAUAGAAAGAUAAGAGUAUUGGGUAUGGGAGUUGGGAUGUUACGGUGAAGCUGUAUAAAACGUUUCUGAGGCCGAAUUUGGAGUAUCAUGCAGUUCAGGUCACCUACCUACAGGAAAAAUACCAACGUGAUGAAAGUGCAGAGAAAAUUUACAAGCAUGUUGCCUUGACUUGAGGAUUUGAGUUGCAGGGAAAAGAUGAACAGGUUAGUACUUUAUUCCCUGGAACUUUGGAGAAUGAGGGAAGAUUUAAUAGAAGAAUAUGAAAUUAUGAGGGGUUUAGAUAGGGUAAAUGCAAGCAGGCCUUUUCCACUGAUUUUGGGUGAGACUAGAACAAGAGGUCAUGGAUUGAGAGUGAAAGGUGAAAUGUUUAAGGGGAACUUCAUUCGCUGGUGAGAAUGUAGAACAAGCUGCCGUGGGUUAGAUAUUAAACAGUUGGGAGAAGUACAUGGAGGGCUGUAUUCUGGGUGUGGGUCAAUGAGACCUGACAGAAUAACAGUCUGGCAUGGACCAACUGGUCCAGAGUGCCUAGUUCUGUGCUCUAUGACUCUAUUUUGACAGUGUAGGGUUUGUGAAACUUGUUCAUGGUUUAGAGUUCUCUUUUGAAGUGAAUUGUAAGAAAACUAACAGAAUGACUUUUAGAGAAAGAGUUCUAGGAUUCCUCAUUAGACGAAGGCUGUGGAAGCUUUAGAAAGGCUGUAGAGAUUUACCAGGAUGCUGUUUGGAUUAGAGUGCAUGUAUUAAGAAGAUAGGUUGAGUAAGUUAGGGUUUUUCUCUUUGGAGAGGAGGAGAAUGAUGACUUGGUGGAGGUGUACAAAAUGAUAAGAUGCAUAGAGUGGACAACUAUAGACUGUGGUGGAAAUGGCUAACAAACGGCUAUAAUUUUAAGGUGAUUUAUUGAACUUUUAACCUACUCCACACAUACCCCUCCGUUUUCUUUCAUCCAUGUGCCAUUCUAAUAGUCUCUUAAAUGUCCUAAUGUAGCUGCC